AUGGGUGAAGAUAGAAGUUGGAUGUAUUUUUCUAGAUGGGUGCCUGAAUUUGAAAAUGGGUUGUUCAACUUUCUGAACAUAUCAUUUGCUAAAGCAUCUUUGGGAGGUCAAAUUAAAUGUCCUUGUAGGCGGUGUAAAAAUCGAUAUUGGUAUCGUAGAGACGAGGUGUAUAAUCAUGUGAAAAGUGAGGGAUUUGUGGAAAAUUAUGAUUUGUGGAUUUUUCAUGGAGAGGAUCCAUCAUCAUUAAAAACUGCAAGAGAUUUAGAUAACGAUGUUCCAAGAAUGUGUGAUAACAUUGAUGAAUUAUUACAUGAUAGAUUUAGAGAUGUCAUAGAGGAAACAAGUAAUGUACAGCAAGGUCCAAAUGAGGAAGCCAAAAAGUUCUAUAGAUUGGUUGAAGAGGGUAAACAAGAGCUAUAUCCUGGGUGCCAGAAUUUUUCUAAACUUUCUUUCAUCAUUAGGUUGUUUAUCUACAAGACACUUCAUGGACUUAGUAAUGCAGCAUUAAAUGAUCUUCUACAGCUCUUAAGGGAAAUGAUUCCGGAUGCAAAGCUUCCACCAAAUUUUAAUGAAGCUAGAAACAUAUUGAGGAAUUUGGGUUUGGAUUGUCAAAAAAUUUAUGCAUGUCCCAAUGAUUGUAUGCUAUUUUGGAAAGAGCAUGAAAAUGAUAAUGAGUGUCAUACAUGUCAUGCUUCUAAGUGGAAGCAAUCACAAGAAAAAGAUGGCAAGAAACCAAAUAAUGAGGCUGACAAAAUACUGUCAAACAUUCCAGCUAAAGUAUUGUGGUAUUUUCCUCUAAAAUCCCGAUUGCAAAGAUUAUUUAUGUGUGCUGAAUCUGCUAAGUAUAUGACAUGGCAUGAUAGAGGGCGCCCUAAAGAUGGUAAUCUAAGACAUUCGGCUGACGGGAAAGCUUGGAAAGAGUUUGAUAUGCUGUAUCCUGAUUUUGCAAAAGAACCUAGAAAUGUAAGGCUAGGUUUGGCUAGUGAUGGUUUUAAUCCAUUUCGAACAAUGAGUAUUGCUCACAGUACAUGGCCUGUGGUGUUGGUUAACUAUAAUUUACCACCUUGGAUGUGUAUGAAGCCAGAGUACUUUAUUUUGUCUUUGCUAAUUCCUGGCCCUGAAUCUCCUGGGAAUAAUAUUGACGUCUACUUGCAACCCUUGAUUGAUGAGUUAAAUGAGUUGUGGAAUGAUGGGCUAGAAACAUAUGAUAAGUUAAAAAAUGAAACUUUUCAAAUGUAUGCAGCCCUAACAUGGACCAUUAAUGACUUCCCAGCUUACUCAAUGUUGUCGGGUUGGAAAACUAAGGGAAAGUUUGCUUGCCCUUUGUGUAAUUAUGAAACUAGUUCUUUGUACUUGAAUCACAGUAGGAAAACAUGCUAUAUGGACCAUCGCAGAUUUUUAGACUUGGACCAUCCAUGGCGUCGUAAUAAGAGUUCUUUUAAUGGGCAUACUGAGGAUAGGCCACCUUCGACCCCUUUGUCCGGGGUUGAGGCUUUGAGAGACUUGUCUAGCUUUAAGAAUGAAUUUGGGAAGACUCAGAAGAAAAAAAAUGAUGCCACAUGUCCUUGGAAAAAGAAGUCAAUAUUUUUUGAAUUGCCAUAUUGGCAAUUCAAUUUAUGUCGGCACAAUCUUGACGUGAUGCACAUUGAAAAAAAUAUAUGUGACAGCUUGAUAGGGACAUUGUUGGAUGUAGCUGGUAAGUCAAAGGAUCAUGCAAAAGCUCGAUUUGACCUUAUAGAAUUGGGGGUUAAAGAAAAACUUCAACCUGAGCUAUCUCUUGAUGGUGAGCAUGUUGUUUUGCAAAAGGCAUGUUAUGCUAUGUCUCGAAUUGAAAAAGAUAUUUUCUGUCGUGCCAUAAAGGGAGUCAAACUGCCUUAUGGGUGUGCAUCAAACAUAGCAAGGUGUGUACGCACUUCAGAAAGAAAAGUGGCUGGUUAUAAAAGUCAUGAUGCUCACAUUUUACUACAAUACCUGCUUCAAGUAGCGGUUAGGAAAUCCCUCCCCAAACAUGUUGCAAUCCCUUUGAUUAGAUUGGGUGCUUUCUUUCGAUGCUUGUGUAGUAAGGUUGUUAAGCCUGAAGACCUUGAUCAGUUGGAAAUAGAAAUUGUUGAAAUAUUAUGCGAGCUUGAGAAGAUAUUCUUACCAGCCUUUUUCGAUAUUAUGGUGCACUUACCGAUUCACUUGGUAAAUGAAGUUAGGCUUGGUGGACCAGUGCAAUAUCGAUGGAUGUUUUCUAUUGAAAGAUAUCUGGGUAAAUUAAAGUCUUAUGUACGAAAUCGAAGGUAUGUAGAGGGGUCUAUUGCUGAAGGGUAUUUGAUUGAAGAAUGUGCAACUUUUUGUUCACGGUAUAUGGAUGAAUGCGUGAAGACUAGACUAAACAAAGGUGCUCAAGAUUCAGAUAUGUCUUGUGUUUAUUCAAAUGAAUCCAACUCAGUAGUUUUUAAAAAUGCUGGACACCCUUUAGGAGGAAAGAAAAGAAGAAAAGGCAAACUCUUCACUCUAGAUCCUGUGUGUGAUGAACAAGCUCAUCGAUAUGCCUUAUUCAAUUCUGAUUGCAAAGAGCUUGAUGAUUAUAUAAGUGAACAUCAACUUCAUAUUAAUAGACAACCAGGAAGAAGUAGAUGGGCACGAGCACAAAACCACAGCAAUCAGUUUACCAAUUGGUUGAGAGAAAAAGUGAUUAACCAUAGUGUCUCUGAUCACAUUUUUUGGUUAGCAAAAGGUCCAUGUCCUACAGCUAGAAGAUUUACUGGGUAUUAUGUCAAUGGAUAUAGAUUCUAUACAAAACUGCGUGAUGCAAAAUGUAAGACUCAGAAUAGUGGAGUUUCUGUAAUAGCAUCAACUUCUAGCUUUGCAAGCUCAAGGGACAAAAAUCCUGUGGUUGGAGAUGUUGACUACUUUGGUGCAAUAAUUGAAAUAAUGGAACUCAAUUAUUGGUCCAAAUCCAAAGUAGUUUUGUUCCGUUGUGAGUGGUACCAAGUGGAGAAAGAUGACUAUGGUCUUCCUUGUAUUAAUAUGAAGAAGCUGUGCUCUUUAAAUGAUCCUUAUGUCAUGCCUUCUCAAGUACAUCAAGUGUUUUAUGUACCAGAUCCUCUAGUAGAUGACCUUCAAUAUGUUAUGAAUCGUGUUCCUAGAGAUCUAUAUGAGGGUGAUUAUGGUAUAAAUGAUGGAAACACAUACUGGUCCGAACUUCAUGAUAAUGAUGUAUAUCCAAUUUCACAAGUUGGGGUUGAAGACAUUCAGUUAUCAAGAGAGGAUAUACGUCCAAUCAUUAUUGGUGUAAAUACAAAUUUGGAAGACAUAGAUGGAGAUGAUGACAAUGAUGAUCAUUCUAUUGAUGAAACUUUAUGGGAUUGGAUGAAUGCCGAUGAAGAACAAGAAGCUGAUAAUGAUUGA